AUGUGUAUUGUUGCAUGCUUGCUCUUCUUGAUAACAACUCUGUUCUCAAACUGUGUCUAUGCAGCUACUAUAACCACAACAAGCCCUUUGUCUAUAGGAAAAACUCUGAGCUCUCCUGGUGGAUCUUAUGAGCUAGGCUUCUUCAGUCCCAACAACUCUAGGAGCAAUCAGUACGUUGGAAUCUGGUUCAAGAAAGUCACUCCUCGGGUCAUCGUUUGGGUUGCUAACAGAGAAACGCCAGUCUCAAGCUCCACAGCGAAUCUCACAAUCAGCAGCAACGGAAGUCUCAUCUUGCUUGAUGGCAAGCAAGAUCCUGUGUGGUCAUCUGGAGGAGAUCACACAUCUAACAAGUGUCAUACUGAGCUUCUUGACACCGGAAAUCUUGUCCUCGUGGAUAAUACUACUGGAAAGUAUUUGUGGCAAAGUUUUGAGCAUCUUGGUGACACUAUGUUACCUCUAACAUCUCUGAUGUAUGACACUCCUAACAACAAGAAACGUGUGCUUACUUCUUGGAGAAGCGAGACUGAUCCAUCACCUGGAGAUUUUGUAGCUGAGCUUACACCACAAGUGCCUUCACAAGGCGUUAUAUGGAAAGGCUCGGCACCUUACUGGAGAAGUGGACCAUGGGCGGGAACAAGGUUCACUGGGAUACCAGAAAUGGAUGAAACGUAUGUGAAUCCAUUGGGAUUGGUGCAAGAUGUAGUCAACGGCACAGGGGUUUUUGCCUUUUGUGUACUGAGGAAUUUCAAUUUGUCAUACAUUAAGCUUACAUCAGAGGGGAGAAUGAGUAUUCAACGGAAUAAUGGAAGUGAUUGGAUUAAGCACUUUGAAGGUCCUGCAAGCUCUUGUGAUAUGUAUGGUAAGUGUGGACCUUUUGGUUUGUGUGUGAGGUCCGGUUCUCCAAUGUGCCAAUGCUUGAAAGGGUUUGAGCCGAAGUCAGAUGAGGAGUGGAGAAGCGGGAACUGGAGCCGUGGUUGUGUGAGACGCACAGACUUAUCUUGUCAAGGAAACUCAUCAGACGGGUUCUAUCAUGUUUCCAACGUAAAGCCUCCAGAUUCUUACGAGUUAGCAAGCUUUGGUAAUGAAGAAGAAUGCCACAAGGGCUGUCUCAGGAACUGUUCUUGCACAGGCUUCUCCUUUAUUAAAGGAAUAGGAUGUUUGGUGUGGAACCAGGAGCUAUUGGACACUGUGAAAUUUGCUGCUGGAGGAGAGACUCUCUCCCUUCGUCUUGCAACUUCUGAAUUGAUUUCAGCUGGAAACAAGCGAGUCAAGAUUAUCACUGUUGGCACUCUCAGCCUCUCUGUUUUCUUGAUCUUGGUGAUUGCUGCAUAUGGGUGUUGGAGAUACAGAGUGAAACGAAAUGGUUCAAGUAUUGUUGUAUCUAAAGACAAUUUAGAAUACUCUUGGAAGAGUGAUCUGCAAUCACAAGAUGUCUCAGGUUUAAAUUUCUUUGAGAUUGAUACCCUACAAACCGCCACAAAUAGUUUCAGCAUGUCAAACAACCUCGGUCAUGGUGGGUUUGGUACUGUUUAUAAGGGGACGCUUCACGAUGGGAAGGAAAUAGCUGUAAAACGUCUUUGUAGCAGCUCUGUACAGGGUAAAGAAGAGUUCAUGAACGAGAUAAAACUCAUCUCGAAGUUACAACACAGAAACUUGGUUCGGCUUUUGGGAUGCUGCAUCGAUGGAGAAGAGAAGCUAUUGGUUUAUGAAUAUAUGGUGAACAAAAGCCUUGACACUUUUCUCUUUGAUUUGAAGAAAAAGCUUGAGAUUGAUUGGCUAAAGAGAUUCAACAUCAUUCAAGGCAUUGCUCGUGGACUUGUUUAUCUCCAUCGUGACUCAUUCCUCAGAGUUGUACACCGUGAUCUAAAGGUCAGCAACAUUCUCUUGGAUGAGAAAAUGAAUCCAAAGAUAUCAGAUUUUGGAUUGGCUCGGAUGUUUCAAAGGAAUCAACAUCAAGACAGCACUGGAAGUGUCGUAGGAACUCUAGGAUACAUGUCUCCUGAGUACGCUUGGACAGGGACGUUCUCUGAGAAGUCCGACGUUUACAGCUUCGGAGUUUUAAUGCUUGAGAUCAUCACCGGCAAGGAGAUUUCAAAUUUCAGCUAUGGCAAAGAUAGCAAGAACCUACUCGCAUAUGCAUGGGAAUCUUGGAGAGAAACAGGAGGAGUGAAUCUACUUGAUCAAGAUCUUGCUGAUUCUGAUUCAGUGAGUUCAGUGGAAGCAGGAAGAUGUGUUCAUAUAGGUUUGCUCUGUGUUCAGCAUCAAGCUAUUGAUAGACCAAACAUGAAACAAGUUGUGUCAAUGCUGACUUCGGCGAUGGAUCUUCCUAAGCCAACACAACCGAUGUUUCUAUUGGACACAAGCGAUGAGGAUUCUUCUUUGUCUCAACGCUCCAAUGAUCUCUUCUCUGUUGAUGAAAACAAAUCUUCUCAAGAGCUAAAUGUUUUAUCAUGA